AUGGCCAUUCCCAGCAUCCCCUAUGAGCGACGGCUUCUCAUCAUGGCGGACCCUAGAGAUAAGGCACUUCAGGACUACCGCAAGAAGCUGCUGGAGCACAAGGAGAUCGACGGCCGUCUCAAGGAGUUAAGGGAGCAAUUAAAAGAACUUACCAAGCAGUAUGAAAAGUCUGAAAAUGAUUUGAAGGCCCUACAAAGUGUUGGACAGAUUGUGGGUGAAGUGCUUAAGCAAUUAACUGAAGAAAAAUUCAUUGUUAAAGCUACAAAUGGACCAAGAUAUGUUGUGGGUUGUCGUCGACAGCUUGACAAAAGUAAGCUGAAGCCAGGAACAAGAGUUGCUUUGGAUAUGACUACACUAACUAUCAUGAGAUACUUGCCUAGAGAAGUGGAUCCAUUGGUUUACAACAUGUCUCAUGAGGACCCUGGGAAUGUUUCUUAUUCUGAAAUUGGUGGAUUAUCAGAACAGAUCCGGGAAUUAAGAGAGGUAAUAGAACUACCUCUUACAAACCCAGAAUUAUUCCAACGUGUAGGAAUAAUACCUCCAAAAGGCUGUUUAUUAUAUGGACCACCAGGUACAGGGAAGACACUCUUGGCACGAGCUGUUGCUAGCCAGCUAGACUGCAAUUUCUUAAAGGUUGUGUCUAGUUCUAUUGUAGACAAGUACAUUGGUGAAAGUGCUCGUUUGAUCAGAGAAAUGUUUAAUUAUGCCAGGGACCAUCAGCCAUGCAUCAUUUUUAUGGAUGAAAUAGAUGCUAUUGGUGGUCGUCGUUUUUCUGAAGGUACUUCAGCUGAUAGAGAGAUUCAGAGGACCUUAAUGGAGUUACUGAAUCAAAUGGAUGGGUUUGAUACUCUGCAUAGAGUUAAAAUGAUCAUGGCUACAAACAGACCUGAUACACUGGAUCCUGCUUUGCUUCGACCAGGAAGAUUAGAUAGAAAAAUACAUAUUGAUUUACCAAAUGAGCAAGCAAGAUUAGAUAUAUUGAAAAUCCAUGCAGGUCCUAUUACAAAACAUGGUGAAAUAGAUUAUGAAGCAAUUGUAAAGCUUUCAGAUGGCUUUAAUGGAGCAGACCUGAGAAAUGUUUGCACUGAAGCAGUUUUUGUUAACAGUUAA